UAUCAUUAUUAUCAUUAUUAUUAUUGUCGUCAUUAAUUAUUAAAUUAUUUAGUUUCAGGUUUUGUGCUUUCCUUCCAAGAAUGAGCGGUAAGACAAGAAAUUCUGCCCCUGGAGCUCCUGUAGAUCUAUCAUUCAAAUGCAUCAACUUGAUGGCAGGUACUGCAAAGAUCUGACACUACAUAAAUAACACUUACAUUAUACACAGAUCACACAGUCAUUAAAUAACACUAACAUUAUACACAGAUCACACAGUCAGUAAAUAACACUAACAUUAUACACAGAUCACACAGUCAGUAAAUAACACUAACAUUAUACACAGAUCACAGUCAUUAAAUAACACUACCAUUAUACACAGAUCACAGUCAUUAAAUAACACUAACAUUAUACGCAGAUCACACAGUCAUAAAUAACACUAACAUUAUACGCAGAUCACAGUCAUUAAAUAACACUAACAUUAUACGCAGAUCACACAGUCAUUAAAUAACACUAACAUUAUACGCAGAUCACACAGUCAUUAAAUAACACUAACAUUAUACGCAGAUCACACAGUCAUUAAAUAACACCAACAUUAUACGCAGAUCACACAGUCAUUAAAUAACACCAACAUUAUACGCAGAUCACUGUCAUUAAAUAACACUAACAUUAUACGCAGAUCACACAGUCAUUAAAUAACACCAACAUUAUACGCAGAUCACACAGUCAUUAAAUAACACUAACAUUAUACUCAGAUCACACAGUCAUUAAAUAACACUAAUAUUAUACUCAGAUCACACAGUCAUUAAAUAACACUAACAUUAUACGCAGAUCAAACAGUCAUUAAAUAACACCAACAUUAUACACAGAUCACAGUCAUUAAAUAACACUAACAUUAUACGCAGAUCACACAGUCAUUAAAUAACACUAACAUUAUACACAGAUCACACAGUCAUUAAAUAACACUAACAUUAUACGCAGAUCACACAGUCAUUAAAUAACACUAACAUUAUACGCAGAUCACACAGUCAGUAAAUAACACUAACAUUAUACGCAGAUCACAGUCAUUAAAUAACACUAACAUUAUACGCAGAUCACACAGUCAUUAAAUAACACUAAUAUUAUACGCAGAUCACACAGUCAUUAAAUAACACUAACAUUAUACGCAGAUCACAAAGUCAUUAAAUAACACUAACAUUAUACACAGAUCACACAGUCAUUAAAUAACACUAACAUUAUACACAGAUCACACAGUCAUUAAAUAACACUAACAUUAUACGCAGAUCACACAGUCAUUAAAUAACACUAACAUUAUACGCAGAUCACACAGUCAGUGUUAUUUAAUGUCAUUAAAUAACACCAAGAGCAUAUUCACUGAAUUGUACUGAAAUGAAAUGUAAAUGGCUAAAAUCCCCGCACAGUGAAUAUAGCUGAAGUGAAUGUUUCCAAGUCGCUCCUUUUACCCUCGUACUGUCAGCUUUCUUCACUAAAUUGAGAAUACCCUGAACUGACAGGAGAAUCACACAUUCUAGAAGAGAGGAAACAAACUGGACGCAUUCUCCAACUUAUCUAUUUUUACCAAUUUUGCCUUAGUUUUUUUUUAUCAGUUCUUCUCAGUUCUGGUGUAAUGAAUGAAAAGCAGAAGUUCCCAAUGUCAUUGUCACGGGGUUACCCACAAAAGGUUAGAGGUCAACUAGGGUCAAGAGUAAGAAAACAAUGAAAUAUUCAAACAGGGCUAUACAAACCACUACUAGCCAGUCGCAACAUUAUAUAAAAUAAUUAUAAAACUGACAGCCAUGGGUGGAGGCAUAACUACUACAUGGUGAGCAUCUACUACUUAGCAGGAUUAAAAAUGUAGUGACUGGGUUGUUAUUGCUGCUCAGCCCCCACCAGGCCCUCACCCAUGGGCAGCAGGUGGGGGGCUAUAAUAAUACACCAGGAGAACAUGCCAGCGUCCCUCCUGGCCCUCACCCAUGGGCAGCAGGUAAGGCUGCUAUAAUAAUACACCAGGAGAACAUGCCAGCGUCCCUCCUGGCCCUCACCCAUGGGCACCAGGUGGGGGGCUAUAAUAAUACACCAGGAGAACAUGCCAGCGUCCCUCCUGGCCCUCACCCAUGGGCACCAGGUGGGGGGCUAUAAUAAUACACCAGGAGAACAUGCCAGCGUCCCUCCUGGCCCUCACCCAUGGGCACCAGGUGGGGGGCUAUAAUAAUACACCAGGAGAACAUGCCAGCGUCCCUCCUGGCCCUCACCCAUGGGCAGCAGGUGGGGGGCUAGGCGGCUAUAAUAAUACACCAGGAGAACAUGCCAGCGUCCCUCCUGGCCCUCACCCAUGGGCAGCAGGUGGGGGGCUAUAAUAAAACACCAGGAGAACAUGCCUGGCCCUGAGCAGCAGAUGGGGCGGCUAUAAUAAUACACCAGGAGAACAUGCCAGUGUCCCUGCCUGGCCCUCACCCAUGGGCAGCAGGUGGGGGGGGGCUAUAAUAGACACCAGGAGAACAUGCCAGCGUCCCUCCUGGCCCUCACCCAUGGGCAGCAGGUGGGGGCUAUAAUAAUACACCAGGAGAACAUGCCAGCGUCCCUCCUGGCCCUCACCCAUGGGCAGCAAGUCGGGGGCUAUAAUAAACACCAGGAGAACAUGCCAGCAUCCUUCCCAACCCUCACCCAUGGGCAACAGUUAGGGGGCUAUAAGAAACACCAGGAGAACAUGCCAGCGUUCCUCCUGGCCCCCACCUAUGGGCAGCAGGUGGGGGGCUAUAAUAUACAUGCCAUCAUCAUUCUGGGUCUCACCCAUGGGGGGCUAUAAUAAUACACCAGGAUAACAUGCCAGUGUCCCUCCUUGCCCUCACCCAUGGGCAGCAGGUGGGGGUGCUAUAAUAUACACCAGGAGAAAAUGCCUGUGCCUCUCCUGGCCCUGGCUCAUGGGCAGGAGGUGGGGGGGCUAUAAUAUACACCAGGAGAACAUGCCAGUGCUGCUCCUGGCCCUCGCCCAUGGGCAACAAGUGGGGGCUAUAAUAUACACCAGGAGAAUAUGCCAUUAUCAUUCUGGGCCUCACCCAUGGACAGCAGGUGGGGAGCUAUAAUAAACACCAGGAGAACAUGCUAGCGUUCCUCCCGGCCCUCACCCAUGGGCAGCAGGUGGGAAGCUAUAAUAAACACCAGGAGAACAUGCCAGCGUUUCUCCUGGCCCUCACCCAUGGGCAGCAGGUGGGGGGCUAUAAUAUACACCAGGAGAACAUGCCAUCAUCAUUCUGGGCCUCACCCAUGGACAGCAGGUGGGGAGCUAUAAUAAGCAGCAGGAGAACAUGCUAUUGUCUCCCACAACACUCCACCCAUUAAUAUCAGCUGAAGAUGUUUUUCUAAUGAGGAGUGGACAAGCCAUUGUCCGCUCCCUUGUUUUAGUGUUUCCCCCUAUGGGUAGGUAGGGGUCCCCAAGCUCCUAGCCACUCCUCAUGAAAUAUUCCUUAGCUACUCCAUUUACCCUAAUAAUAGUGGGGUGGCAAUACAUGUAAACAUCUGUGAAAAUAAUACUUUAUAUCCCAUGCAGGAACAUCUCGAAACAUGGACUGAUGGUAUGUGUGCUGACAACAGAUGUUCAAUUUGGACAGAAUUGACAUUCACAGAAAAUAAUUGGGCUAAUUAAUGGUUCUGCAUCUUCCAGGCAGACUAAUGGCACCUUUGGCCGCUCUGCUAUGUAACUCUUAAAAAAAAAAAAAAAAAAAAAGACAUGAAUCGCAAAAAACCCCCAAAAACUUGACACACAAGAACAAUGCAUGUGGGCUCCGCGCAUACUGACAAUUCCGCCCAUGCAUUGUUAUAGAGCCCCCACUCGCAAGCCACUGCUUUAGCUUGUCACUCACCCCCAUCCCCAUUUUAGCCACAUACUGAUGUCCAACGAGAGGAGGCAGACGAGUGCCAGGUUCAUUUUCUGGUCCUUUCCCUUUGGGACAGAGUCUUUUUAGUGAAUAGGCAGCAAUGGCUAAUGCCUGGGGCAAUAAGGGUGUUUAUGUUUAGACAGGGGUAAUAUUAACCCUUUGUCUUUUAUACAAAUACAGGUCUACUUAUUGUGAAACAAGUAUAGAAAAAUGAGUUAGUGAAAGAGCCAUUUGUACAGUGUUUUACUAUGUCCUGUCAUUGCAGACACUCUGUUGGAGGAGCCCCGCAUGGGACUGAAGCCAGUCAAACGAUGUAAAGAUGGGAAGCUGCUGAGUCAAGCCUUGCGUCUCAACAACAAUAUCCUAACUGACCUUCAAGGCUUCGGGGAAACAAUGGAGAAGCUUCUAAGUGACUCAUCACAGCUCUCCUGGAUUGACCUGUCCUUCAAUGAUCUGUCCACUAUUGAUCCAGUAAGCCUGUUGACAUACGUUGUAUAGACACAGCUCAGCAUCUGAUCUGCCAUCUCUAAUUGGGAUCCAAUACUCACCUAAUGGGCAGUGCUCCCCCCCAUCUCAUUCAUACAAUGUCCAACUUUCUCAUUGUGAACAUUCUUGUCAACCCUCUCACAAUCUAGCUGCAUUUAUUCCUAGUAUAUGGAGCCUCUAUACUCUAGUGUGGACUAGGCUGGUAUAAAUUACGGGUGCACAUCAUUUUUAGAGCGUUAGCCAGGUGACUGACUGAAAUUCUUAUCGGAGGCCACUGCCAUGAGAUGUCAACAUGUUGGUUGUACUCGAAUCUUGAAGGUGAUCUUUUUGAUAAUUGGUUGCAGGUUGAAUUUCUUUUUCACCUGUUAAUUUGCUUUGGAUUUGCAUCUGUGAAGAUUCGUUGUUGAAAAUUUCUGUUCACAGAUGUAUGUGCUCGCAAACAUGAUUGCACAUAUUGCUGCAUUGUGCAGUGGAAUGUAGCAGAACAGCGUCACCAGGAAUCAGCAUAUAAUGGACCACGCCGCUAGUAAUGUAACUAUCUAGCAUGUAACAGACCACUUCACCAGGAAUCUGCAUGUAAUGGACCACUUCCCAGGAAUCGGCAUGUAAUGGACCACUUCCCAGGAAUCGGCAUGUAAUGGACCCUUUUAUGCCCGGGGUGCCGUUACAGACCACGCCGCUAGUAAUGUAACUAUCUAGCAUGUAACAGACCACUUCACCAGGAGUCGGCAUGUAAUGGACCACUUCCCAAGAAUCGGCAUGUAAUGGACCACUUCACAAGAAUCUGCAUGUAAUGGACCAUUUCCCAAGAAUCGGCAUGUAAUGGACCACUUCCCAGGAAUCAGCAUGUAAUGGACCACUUCCCCAGGAAUUGGCAUGUAAUGGACCACUUCCCAAGGAAUCGGCAUGUAACAGACCACUUCCCCAGGAAUCGGCAUGUAGCAGACCACUUCCCCAGGAAUCGGCAUGUAGCAGACCACUUCCCCAGGAAUCGGCACGUAGCAGACCACUUCCCCAGGAAUCGGCAUGUAGCAGACCACUUCUCCAGGAAUCGGCAUGUAACAGACCACUUCACCAGGAAUCAGCAUUUAAGGGACCACUUCCCAGGAAUCGGCAUGUAACAGACCACUUCACCAGGAAUCAGCAUUUAAGGGACCACUUCCCAGGAAUCGGCAUGUAACAGACCACUUCACCAGGAAUCAGCAUGUAGCAGACCACUUCUCCAGGAAUCAGCAUGUAGCAGACAACACUGCCGGUAAUUGACAUGUAGCAGGCCGCGUCACCAGGAAUCAGCAUGUAGCAGGCCACACCGCCAAUAAUGGGCAUGUAGCAGAUCACACCACCAGUAAUUGACACCUAUAUAUAUCGAGUCACACCGUCAGUAAUCGGCAUAUAGCAAUCACACCGCCAGUAAUUUCACACCGUCAGUAAUCGGCAUAUAGCAAUCACACCGCCAGUAACGGGCAUGUAGCGGAUCACACCGCCAGUAACGGGCAUGUAGCGGAUCACACCGCCAGUAACGGGCAUGUAGCGGAUCACACCGCCAGUAACGGGCAUGUAGCGGAUCACACUGCCAGUAAUUGGCAUGUAGCAGACCACUUCACCAUGAAUCGACAUGUAGCAGACCACUUCUCCAGGAAUCAGCAUGUAACAGACCACUUCACCAGGAAUCAGCAUUUAAGGGACCACUUCCCAGGAAUCGGCAUGUAACAGACCACUUCACCAGGAAUCAGCAUUUAAGGGACCACUUCACCAGGAAUCAGCAUGUAGCAGACCACUUCUCCAGGAAUCGGCAUGUAACAGACCACUUCACCAGGAAUCAGCAUGUAGCAAACCACUUCUCCAGGAAUCGGCAUGUAACAGACCACUUCACCAGGAAUCAGCAUUUAAGGGACCACUUCCCAGGAAUCGGCAUGUAACAGACCACUUCACCAGGAAUCAGCAUGUAGCAGACCACUUCUCCAGGAAUCGGCAUGUAACAGACCACUUCACCAGGAAUCAGCAUUUAAGGGACCACCAGAAUGGGCAUGUAACAGACCCACUUCACCAGGAAUCAGCAUGUAGCAGACCACUUCUCCAGGAAUCGGCAUGUAACAGACCACUUCACCAGGAAUCAGCAUUUAAGGGACCACUUCCCAGGAAUCGGCAUGUAACAGACCACUUCACCAGGAAUCAGCAUGUAGCAGACCACUUCUCCAGGAAUCGGCAUGUAACAGACCACUUCACCAGGAAUCAGCAUGUAGCAGACCACUUUUCCAGGAAUCAGCAUGUAGCAGACAACACUGCCGGUAAUUGACAUGUAGCAGAUCACACCACCAGUAAUUGACACAUAUAUAUAUCGAGUCACACCGUCAGUAAUCGGCAUAUAGCAAUCACACCGCCAGUAACGGGCAUGUAGCGGAUCACACCGCCAGUAACGGGCAUGUAGCGGAUCACACCGCCAGUAACGGGCAUGUAGCGGAUCACACUGCCAGUAAUUGGCAUGUAGCAGACCACUUCACCAUGAAUCGACAUGUAACAGACCACUUCACCAGGAAUCAGCAUUUAAGGGACCACUUCCCAGGAAUCGGCAUGUAACAGACCACUUCACCAGGAAUCAGCAUGUAGCAGACCACUUCUCCAGGAAUCGGCAUGUAACAGACCACUUCACCAGGAAUCAGCAUUUAAGGGACCACUUCCCAGGAAUCGGCAUGUAACAGACCACUUCACCAGGAAUCAGCAUGUAGCAGACCACUUCUCCAGGAAUCGGCAUGUAACAGACCACUUCACCAGGAAUCAGCAUGUAGCAGACCACUUUUCCAGGAAUCAGCAUGUAGCAGACAACACUGCCGGUAAUUGACAUGUAGCAGAUCACACCACCAGUAAUUGACACAUAUAUAUAUCGAGUCACACCGUCAGUAAUCGGCAUAUAGCAAUCACACCGCCAGUAACGGGCAUGUAGCGGAUCACACCGCCAGUAACGGGCAUGUAGCGGAUCACACCGCCAGUAACGGGCAUGUAGCGGAUCACACCGCCAGUAACGGGCAUGUAGCGGAUCACACUGCCAGUAAUUGGCAUGUAGCAGACCACUUCACCAUGAAUCGACAUGUAACAGACCACUUCACCAGGAAUCAGCAUUUAAGGGACCACUUCCCAGGAAUCGGCAUGUAACAGACCACUUCACCAGGAAUCAGCAUGUAGCAGACCACUUCACCAGGAAUCAGCAGGACCACUUCGGAAUCAUGUAACAGACCACUUCACCAGGAAUCAGCAUGUAGCAAACCACUUCUCCAGGAAUCGGCAUGUAACAGACCACUUCACCAGGAAUCAGCAUUUAAGGGACCACUUCCCAGGAAUCGGCAUGUAACAGACCACUUCACCAGGAAUCAGCAUGUAGCAGACCACUUCUCCAGGAAUCGGCAUGUAACAGACCACUUCACCAGGAAUCAGCAUGUAGCAGACCACUUUUCCAGGAAUCAGCAUGUAGCAGACAACACUGCCGGUAAUUGACAUGUAGCAGGCCACACCGCCAGUAAUUGACACAUAUAUAUAUCGAGUCACACCGUCAGUAAUCGGCAUAUAGCAAUCACACCGCCAGUAACGGGCAUGCAGCGGAUCACACCGCCAGUAACGGGCAUGUAGCGGAUCACACCGUUAGUAACGGGCAUGUAGCGGAUCACACUGCCAGUAAUUGGCAUGUAGCAGACCACUUCACCAUGAAUCGACAUGUAACAGACCACUUCUCCAGGAAUCGACAUGUAACAGACCACUUCUCCAGGAAUCGGCAUGUAAUUGGCAUGUAGCAGAUCACACCGCCAGUAAUUGGCAUGUAGAGGAUCACACCGCCAGUAAUCAGCAUAUACAUAUAGUGCAUCACACUGCCAGGAAUUGGCAUGUAGCGGGUCACACUGCCAGGAAUUGGCAUGUAGCUGGUCACACUGCCAGGAAUUGGCAUGUAGCUGGUCACACUGCCAGGAAUUGGCAUGUAACGGGUCACACUGCCAGGAAUUGGCAUGUAGCUGGUCACACUGCCAGGAAUUGGCAUGUAACGGGUCACACUGCCAGGAAUUGGCAUGUAGCUGGUCACACUGCCAGGAAUUGGCAUGUAACGGGUCACACUGCCAGGAAUUGGCAUGUAGCUGGUCACACUGCCAGGAAUUGGCAUGUAACGGGUCACACUGCCAGGAAUUGGCAUGUAACGGGUCACACUGCCAGGAAUUGGCAUGUAGCGGGUCACACUGCCAGUAAUUGGCAUGUAGCUGGUCACACCACCAGUAAUUGGCAUGUAGCAGAUCACACCGCCAGUAACUGGCAUGUAGCGGGUCACACCGACAGUAAUUGGCAUGUAGCGGGUCACACUGCCAGUAACUGGCAUGUAGCGGUCCAUGCAGCCAGUACACAUUUUUGCAGUAUUGAUUAUAAGCGUCCUCACUCCUCUUAGUGGGUGCUUGCUUGGGGACCCUGAGCUGUAUAUUGGUCACCGAUUCUUCCACCCACUCUCAGAACCAGUCCCACCUUACCCUACAUGUUUUGUGAGGAGGUAAAGCAGGAUGGUGCUAUUCAGCUAAGCAUGGCCAAACUAAGAGGGCAUUCAGCGGACACUCAAUAAGAGCAGCUCUGCACAGCCCGGCUUAGUAAACGUAACUGCACUCUCCUGCAGGAAAAUCCCAGAAGGGUUUGCUAGCACAGGCAUCAGCCCCUGAGUCUUGCACCAGUUACAAUACAAAUCAGAUGAGAAGAUUUGCAGAAUGUGGACAACGUGCACUAAAUAACAAUCUUGCCGAUCCAUCACUUAAAGAGUAACAAAGUGCUACCUUUCUAUUUGUGUGCUCCCAUGUAACGCUGAGAGAGGUGAAGGGCCAUGUAUUGGACAUUUUGGAUUGUCUCGUGUAUACUAAUACAUCAUUCCUGGUACAUAUCACACGAUUUGACUUAAAUAAAGACCCAUUUAGCUAAACUAUAAAUUCUCUGCUAUUAGAUUACCCAUUUGUGCAUGUUUAAGCAGGUAUGCUGGUCUGAGCAUGGUUCUCAUCACUCCUUCCUCUAUGCUAAGCCUGCUCUGCUGCAGUUACUUGUACAUUUGUUUUUUUUAUUCUGCACGUUGGUGUUUUAUAAACUAUAAUAUUACAUUUUAUUGUCUCCUUUCCAGGUCCUAACCACUUACCUCCAGCUUUCAGUGCUCAACCUUCAUGGUAACAGCAUCCGCCAGCUGUCAGAGGUGGAUAAAUUGGCAUGUCUGCCCAACUUGAAGAGUCUCACCCUGCAUGGCAACCCCAUCGAGACUGAGAAAGGGUACAGGUGAGCAGGUCACCACUUUGUAAUGCAAGCUGGCAGGGAUAUUCACUAUAGUGAGCAUUCAAAAU